AUGAAGAACCAAUCAAUGGAGAUAGAGUUUAUUCUGCUUGGAUUGACAGAUGACCCUCUACUACAAAUUGUGAUUUUCCUGUUUUUAUUUUUCAACUACAUCUUGAGCAUGAUGGGAAACUUAAUUAUCAUCCUCCUCACCCUUCUGGAUUCCCGUCUCAAGACACCAAUGUAUUUCUUCCUCCAAAAUUUCUCAGUCUUAGAAAUUUCAUUCACAACCGUCUGCAUCCCACGAUUCUUAAUAAGCAUUCUAACAGGAGACAGAACAAUUUCCUACAGUAGCUGUGCAACACAAUUAUUCUUUUUCCUUUUAUUAGGAGUUACAGAAUUUUACCUCCUGGCUGCCAUGUCCUAUGAUCGCUAUGUUGCCAUCUGCAAACCACUGCAUUACCCAAUCGUUAUGAACAGCAAAGUGUGCUAUCGACUUGUACUCAGCUCUUGGGUAACUGGAUUUCUAAUCAUCUUCCCCCCAUUGGUCAUGGGGUUCAAGUUGGAUUUCUGUGCUUCCAAAACUAUUGAUCAUUUCCUUUGUGACAGUUCACCCAUCCUGCAGCUCUCUUGCACAGAUACACACGUGAUAGAAUUGAUGUCUUUUGUUUUAGCGGUGGUAACACUUGUUGUCACAUUGUUGUUAGUGGUCCUCUCUUACACAUACAUCAUCAAAACCAUUCUAAAAUUUCCUUCCAUUCAACAAAGAACAAAGGCCUUUUCUACCUGCUCCUCCCACAUGGUAGUUGUCUCUAUUACUUAUGGCAGCUGUGUCUUCAUUUAUAUGAAACCCUCAGCAAAGGAAAGGGUGAGUUUAUCGAAAGGUGUAGCUGUACUCAACACCUCUGUUGCCCCUUUACUCAACCCCUUCAUCUACACCUUAAGGAACCAGCAGGUGAAAGAAGCCCUCAAGGAUAUGCUUAAAAGAUUUUGUUAUUUUCAGAAAAAUGAGACAAAAUUUGGAUAG